AUGGCGGCGGUCGCAGCUCGCGCCGGUGCAGCACGGGUCGGGUUCCGGCGGAUGUUCUCCGUCUCCGCCUUCGCUCCCCCGCCUCCCCCCACCGCUCGCCCCGCGGCGGAGCCCUGCAACAACCUCUUCGUCUCAGGUUUGAAUAAGCGGACGACAUCUGACGGACUGAGGGAAGCCUUCUCGAAAUUUGGCCAGGUUACUGACGCAAGAGUCAUCACUGAUAGAAUAUCUGGAUACUCUAGAGGGUUUGGCUUUGUGAAAUAUGCAACCGUAGAAGAAGCCGGUGAGGGCAUAAAAGGCAUGGAUGGAAAGUUCCUUGAUGGUUGGGUGAUAUUCGCGGAGUACGCCAAGCAGAGAGAAGCCCAGCAGCUGCCACAAUCAGCUGGGACACAGUCAUCUGGCUACCAAUACCCUAGCUAG